UCCGUUUUCCCCGUCCCCUGACAAGGACUCACAUAGAAGGCGUGUCCUCUCGGGGCGGUUGCUGCCGCUGCGGAAGGCAGCUUAAAGCUAUAAAAGAAGUGAUCGGGUGCCGGCUUGAGCUGCAUUUCCCGCCUCUGCUUUCCUCCGAAGGACUUGGAGCCGGUGCCGAAUAGAGCAGCGGGAGCGCCUUCCGCGUGCCUGGGGGCGAAGAGAAGGCCAGGGCACGGCAAAGCCAUAGAGGGCGCUAGGCGAGCCUCAAUGCGUAGUCUAGCUGCCUUUGCAACAUGCUGGAACUACAGAUCAGCUAAAAGGAGUUUGCACACCACUGUUGGAGCUGGAUUGCAGCGCUCUCUUUCCUUAUGAAGAAGACACAAACUUGGAUUAUCACUUGCUUUUAUCUUCAAUUGCUCCUACUUUAUCCUCUUAUUAAAGCCUGUGGGAAUCCAGUGACAGAUGAUGUAAAUGAAAUUGCAGUGCUGGUUGGAAAUCUUCCAUAUGAUUAUAUGAUAGCUCUUAGAUAUGUCCAGAAGACGGACACACUGCCCUACCACUGUUGGUUGCAUUUGAUGGUCCCUGAAUUGUUAAAUAGUCUAAAUAAUCUUCUCAAUAAAUUUAAAGAAUUUCCAGAUAUGUCAAAUGUCUUGAGUAAUUAUUCAAUUAUCAAUAAACUAAGGAGGAUCAUCACUGAUGUGAUGGACUGCUUACCUUCUACUACAUAUAAUAAGAAUUAUAGCCAACAUGAUCAUCCAUAUGAAGAAGGUAAAUUUAUUCCAGAAGAGUUCUUCAAGCACUUUUACAGCACUAUUGAGGCCUACAAAAUCUUUUCAAAAAGACCAGAACAAAGUGAUUGCAUUCUUCCCUCAACAACAGAAGCCUCAGCAAAUGAUUCAAGCACCAGUGUCACAGAGCCAUUUUUAUUACAUCCUGUUGCGGCCAGUUCCCUUAGGAAUGAUAGCAGUGAAAAUAACAGCAACAAAGCAGAAUUGGACUUCCUCAGUAAGUCUAGCAAUCAAGUAUUGAGCAUAGCACUUUCAACAUUGUUGGCUUUUGUCUUCGGCUUUGUUUUGGGAGCCAUAUGCUGGAAGAAAAGGACCUGCAGACAUAUUCUAAAAAUUCACCAGACUACACAAUCUAACAUCAACCAAGAUGAUAAUGAGAUAAGUAUGUUGCAGCACAAAGACAAAUCGCUUCUACAAGUGUAGCUGUUUCUUUUUAUAUAUAUACACUGUUA